GAAGAAGAAGAAAGGAGAUCGCUUAAACUCGGAUCGAUACCGCGCGGGAAUGCAUAAAACCACAGAUAUCUCUUUCAGUCUUGUGAAUUUGACAAAACAACUUGGAAAAACGUUGUUGAAGCGACUGACACGACUAAUUAUCGCAUAAGCACGAGACGAUUUGCAUUAAACGAAAAUGUUUGUAAAACUUUUUGUAGCAACGAUGUUGCAAGGCUAACUCCUCGAUCGCGUGACGUAAACAAAUUGGUUGACGGUAUUGAUGACGUUCUUCGAUCUAUAAUAGUAAUAUUGAAACAACGCAAUGACAAGAUGAGUCAUCGAAAUUUACGUCAAACACAUUCUCCCGUGCUCGAAUAUCAUUUUUCGACUUAUCCUUUCACCGCUGAUCUUUUGCUCGAAAAUGAAAGAUCGGAGUCGACAAGGGAGCUGGAGAUGUUUCUCGAUUACGCCAAAUCUGUUCAAGAUCACUUGUCGUCAUUAGCUAAAGCGCUCGAUGCGAAAUGGCGACAAUCGCGCGAUCAACUCAACGAGUCUUUGAGACGAAGGCUCUUGACUUUACAGAAACAAGCGCAAUUUAUUUUGAACAAUUUGACGGAACGCAAACGUUACGAAGAAAAACCGAGUAAGAAGCGUCGCACUUCGCUGAAAAGAAACGAGUCAAAUGUCACAGAUUCUAACGUUACCGAAAUUAAAAAAUCGGCUACGUCAGACGCGGGACGAGAAGACGAAAAGAAAGAAUUGAAGAACGUUGACGAAACAAUUGAGGAAACAAGUAAUCGAACCGCGUCGCUUUCUGCGCAUCGCGAUUUAACAAACGGAAGCAGAGACGAAGUAAAGAUUGAGACAACGACAAUGUUGGAUAAGGAUGACAAAGACGAUGUUAAAGCAUCAAACGAAACAGCAGUCAAUGUAAACAAUUUUCAUGAAGUUCGCAAUAAAACUCGAAAAAAGAACGAGGACGAGACCAAGAACAAAAGCGUUUUACAAACGGGAAGGCGAUUUCUUAAUUAUCCGAAAUCAACGAGAAACUUUAAUUACGACUUUGCGAAUACUAUCGCGACAAUUAACACAUUUCACGGACUUAAAAAUAACACCGUUACCGGCAACAUCUUCGAGGUAACAACAAAAUCUCGAAACAAAAAUGUCGUUCCUAAAAUUGCUUUUGUUGAUCGAAAAACAAAAACCGAACGAAAGUUCGCAAAAUCUUCUCACGGAGAUGACGCGAACGAAGGAUUCGAAACUCGAACAAAUUUGCUCAAUCAAAUGGCAAAUAUUACCGCGAAAUUUUUGCCGAGCGAAACUGCGACAAGCGUUUUGAAAAAAACCGACGAGAAAAAUCGAAUUAAGACGGCAAUUACGACAAUUAAAGUUGCGGAAAACUUUAUGAAACACAGUCUCGGAAUUAAUGACAAACACGAUCGCGAUCACGCGUUACCGCAAAACGUUACGGGCAAUUAUAAUGUCGAGACAAAUGCGCAAAACAAGACGUCGGCGAUUAUAGACGAGAUACUGAAAGCGGUGGAACAGGUCUUGCCGUGAAUAUUCUUUUGUUUAAAUUAUCGCACAUAUACUUGGAAUCACACGAGUAAGUUGAAUUGAUGAUUACAUUGAUCACAUAUAUAGUCAAUCAAAUUACAUAAUAAAUCUCGGAUUACUUUUGCACCGAGACUACUUUGACAUCUCGCGCUUCUUCGUUCCUUUUCCCGUCUUUUCUUAAUUCAUUAACGUUGUUUUAUUGCGACGAGACUCGAGAUCGGCCAAAUGCGCAAGACUAUAAAUAAUCAAAAAAAAAAAAAAAAAGUAAGAGCGAAGGAGGUCAAGAUGCGCGAGGUGUGUUAAGUGAUCUUUUUUCCUCUUAACUUUUUCACUUGCAAAAAAACUUCGCGUCGCCUUUCGCGAUCGAAAAACUUCGAUCUUUUUUUUUUUAUUAAACAGAGGACGGAGAAAACUGAACAACAAUCGACAAC